AUGGAUGAUGUCAAUCAUGCCGUGGACCUUGCCAAAGCCGAAUUACAGGCCACGCCUCCUUACCACCCGAGCACGCUUCGUCGCCUAGGUGCCCUCGCCGCAGCCCUCGCGGAACGAUUUCGCCGAACUCAAGGACAUGGAAUCGAUGAUAUCAAUCAAGCCAUUGACCUGACUUCAUUCUCACUGGUGGUCACCGACCCAAACCACGUCAAUUAUGCCAUCUCGCUAAAUAACCUUGCUGGGUAUCUGACAGCACGAUUUGAACGGACAUCCUGGCCCGAAGAUAUAAACCGAGCGAUCGAGGUCUGCACGCGGGCUUUGGAGACAUCGGCCGGCGUAUCCCACACACGAGGAUUGGCAUUACAGACGCUUUCGUGCUGCCUAGCACGGCGAUUUGAACAGACUUGGCAAGCCCAAGAUCUAGAUCGGGCCGUUGAUGCUGCAAGAGAAGCAGUGUCACUCACAGCUUCAGAAUCCGUCAAAGCGCUGAGCAAUCUUGGAAAUAUGUAUUUCAUGCGAUGA